AUGCAAGUUAUAAGGAUAGGGGUACGGAUGAACACCUACAACCGGUCCAAGGGGAUGGACAAUCGCAUGAACAUGCUCUUCAACCAAGAGCUGAACAACGAGGCUCAGUACAUCAACGCCCAUCCUUUCUCGGCCGUCAACAUGUCGCUGGGAGGUGAAGUCAGAUACAUCGCGCCUGUCUGGCCGUGGAAUGCACCGAAGUUUCAGGCCAUCGACUGGAGGACGCAGCCUCCUCCGAGGAGGAUACCAGGCAACACCAAGCACGACCCGGGCAAGUUGUACGAGCUGCCAAGAACAUGGCAGGAGACCACAGACAGCUGCUGGCAGGACCAACAGAAACCUCCUCCCACCUUCCCUCACACUCGGACGAGCUCCAGCGAGCAGCUUCACCGCGACGAGGUCAUCAUGACAGCUGCAGCAUCGCGUGCGAGACUGGAGACAGGGAGGAGCAGCAGGAGGGACCAGGACGAGGCCCCUCCCCUCUCUGACCGCGAGAACGUCGAGGCGAACCGACCGGGAUCUACUUACCAGAGUGAAGAGAGCGGGCAGGAGCGGUCCAACAUUGCCGUCUUCCAGCAGGAUGCGAUGCAGGCAAAUGCUGAGGCUCAGCUGGAAGGAGCCGGGAGGAGCGAAGGCGGCACUGCGCAAGGAAGUCGUCCUCCUUCUCAGUUCACUCGCAGCUCGCUCUCUACCUCCAGCACGAUGCGCUCCCGAUCCGAGGCGAGCAAGCAUCCUCUUACCCCCGCAGAGAAGUUCAGCCGGCCUCCGACGCAUGCCAGCAGCAGGUCCUCCAGAGCGAGCAGCGUCAUGUCCUCC